CAGCCAAACAGGAACAUCUCCCCCCAACCCCUCCCAGUAGAAGCUAUAAAUACACCAGUGAAGGUCAUUCAUCCAUCCAUAUCUUCCUGCAGCUCUUUAUGAAUGAAACGGUUCUACUGUCUAGUGUUAUUUUGAAAAAUGGCCCCACAACCAAACUUCACCACAGUUUCAAACCUCACAACUCCUGUCCCUGGGGGUGGUGGAUGCCCGCCUGUCGGCAUCCAGCUGGAGGGCCUCAUCAUGCCUCCGGUCCUCAUCAUCGACGUCAUACUGGGGCUCAUAGGAAACUUGGUGGCGCUAUGGAUCUUCUGGUUUAAGUUGAAGGCCUGGAACCCCAACACCCUGUUCCUCUUCAACCUGGUCAUUGCUGACUUUUUUGCCCUGGUGAGUCUGCCCCUGAGGAUUGAUGCCUUGCUCAGGGGCCACUGGGUGUUUGGAGAUGGCAUGUGCCGGAUAAACCUCUUCCUGAUGUUCUCCAACCGGUCGGCCAGCAUCGCACUCAUGACCGUGGUGGCAAUUUACCGAUACUUCAAGGUGGUCCACCCUCAUCAUCGCUUCAACCGCAUGACCAAGCGGCAGGCUGCAUUUGUCUCAGCAUUCGUCUGGCUGUUGGUGAUCAGUCCUCGGGUUCCCAUGCUGGCCUACAACCACAUCAAGGGUAAAGGCGAGAAGACCCAGUGCUUCUUCUUUACAUCCUACAAAGAGGCAUCCCGCGGCAUCAUCAUCCUGGUUAGCAUGCACCGUAUUUUGACGGUGGUGGAGUUCGUCAUCCCCAUGGCCAUGCUGCUGUUCUGUUCCGUCCGAAUCUCCAGCUUCCUGAAGCAGAGGCAGAUGGGAAAACCUGACAAGGUGCACAAGGCCAUGAGAAUGUGUGCCGCCAUCGUGGCUGUGUUCAUCGUGUGCUUCCUUCCCACCACGGUGACCACGAUCGGUGUGUGGGUCAUCCGCUCCUACCGGCCAUGGGACUGCGCCGCUUUCUACACCUUUACUCAACUCACCAUUGUGUCGUUGGGCCUAAACUUCCUGAACUCGGCUCUGGACCCUAUCGUCUAUAUCUUCUCCAGCUCUAUGUUUAGGAAGGCGCUCUUGGGACUCGUACCCUGUAGAAAGAAUGAGGGCCAGAACACAGAGUCCUCAUCGGGAACCCAAAGCACCUCCCAGCGGGAGCUGAAGUCCUUAAGGACUGAUAGGGGCAGUGAAGCCAAGCCAUUGCAAUGAGCAAGACCCCAGCUGUAGUGACAGAACAAUAGCUUUGAUUUUAUAUAGCUAAACCUAGUAAAAAACGUAAUAAUCUAAAGAUUCCUCUACAAACAGCUCCAUGCCGUUUGACAAUCAAGUCAAUGUCUUUUUUCAUAAAUACCACACUGACUAACAAUGAUUAGACUGAAGCUACACAGCCCAAGCUUAGCUUUUCCCCAGUUUUAUUGUGAUGCUGAGUGUUGAGAUUAGUAUACCAGCUUAAGGACCUGGGAUUUGGAGCAUGUGAGGCAUUUUUGGACACAAGAAUUGACAUCCUAAAAAUGGUAACAUCCUGGCAAAUAAAAAUCUCCAUAGGGGGCAGUCAGGUGACCUCUCAGACCCAAUGAUCGGUUGUUGUUCUUUAAAGACAAGUAGCAGGAACUAAUACACAACUGUCGUGCAUCAAUUUAUGGUCCAUGCUGUAUGAAAAAGGUAGUUACUCAAGAAGGAGCUGUGUGGCAGUUGAUGACAUACCAGGGUUUCCAGGAACAUGGUGGGUUGUCCUCACAAUCAGUCCCAAAGUGCUGUCAUCAAAUCUCUGCUGCCAUUGUUGAGGGAGCAUUUGGCCAAAAAACACACACAGGGAGCCAACAAGAACUGUCACAGCUCCAUGACGCUACUUAAAAACAAUGCAUGACUCUUUUUUAUUUCUGUACAAGUCCCCUUUGAAACUUUAUUUUGAAAUAUAUUUUGUCUUUUGUAAAUUUCACAUAAUAUAUCUUGUAUUUGUUGUUGUGUACAAUCAUGAAGGAAAAAAACUAUUAAAUUAUUUUGUAUUGUA